UGUUUCUGUCCUUGCGGACUGGAGAUGAGCGGACCGCCAGACUUGGAGAGGGAUGGAGAUUAAGGCUAACGCCAUUUUCCGCGGAGGCCUGUAGAGGGAGCUGGAGAGAAAACCACGCUCCUUCCCAGCUCAGCAGCUUCCACGUCUCCCAGACAACGACGCCUCUGACGUCACGGGACGCCCCGCCCCCCGCCCCCCCCUUACAUUUCGCUUCUCGGCCCCCAAAGGCACCUGGGCUACUGUCACCCCUCCUCCUUCUCAAGAAAGUGGAUAAGAUGACGCUUUCCCUUUCUCCUGCACCUCUGCACCCCACCCCAUCAAGACAUUCACCGAGUAGAGGGAGCAGGGAGAGAAAAUCGCCCGCGUCAGGCCUUGCCCUAGCCCCGAACGAAGCUUCCGGGGGGUGGGGCGAGAGACGUUUCUCAAAAGGUCGCGAGGAGAGAGGAGAGCCUCGCACUUAGCUCCCUCUUCAGGGAUUGGCUUGUCCCCUCCGACCUGCGUGGUGACGUGUAGGGAGCGCACACUCAGAACAGAUCGGGGAGGUUCCGGAAGUGACCUACUAGGGCCCCGUGGUCUCAACGUGACGCGACGACCGGCGCGCGAGCUAGUGAGUUAGGGCGACCUAGCGUGGGUUACCUCAACCAGUGCAAGGAAUACCCGGGAGUGUGUGACUGCGGCCGACCCCGCGGGCGUGAUUCUCUACCGGCUGCAGCAUGCCUCAUAAGAAGAAGAAGCCCUUUAUAGACAAAAAGAAAGCUGUGUCUUUCCACCUAGUACAUCGAAGCCAGAGGGAUCCCUUAGCAGCGGAUGACACUGCACCUCAGCGAGUUCUAUUGCCUGCACAGAAAAGAGAUGAUGAGGAGAGAAGAGCAGAACAGAGGAAGUAUGGAGUCUUCUUUGAUGAUGAUUAUGACUACCUGCAGCACCUGAAGGAACCAUCUGGGGCCCUCUGAACUCUUCCAUCAUGCUCUCUGAGUAUGAAACAAGAAAAAACAUUACUGAUUCCAACACCUGGAAUUAAGUUGCCUUCAUCAGUAUUUGCGUCAGAGUUUGAAGAAGAUGUAGGACUGUUAAAUAAAGCAGCUCCUGUAUCAGGUCCUCGAUUGGAUUUGAUCCUGAACAUUGUUGCAGCUCUGGAUGAUGAUUUUGACUUUGAUAAUCCAAUAAUCUUCUUGAAAGAUGAUUUCAUUUUACAGGCCAAUGAGCCACAGGAGAAGAACGAAGUUUUAGGAGAUAUGAAAUUGAAGGUGACAAGGAUGGGAAAAUAUUUGGAUGAUGAUAUGGAAAAUGGCAGCGAUGAAGACAUUAUGACUCAUGAGGGUCUUUUGUCAGAUGAAGAUUCAUCUAUCCAAGGAGAAACCCAUAGGGAUUUGUUUUUGGAAGAAGAAACUAAGAGUCGCUUCACAGAUUAUUCUCUGACUUCCUCUGUCAUGAGAAGGAAUGAACAACUGACUUUGCUAGAUGAAAGGUUUGAGAAGUUCUUUGAGCAGUUUGAUGAUGAUGAGAUUGGAGCGUUGGAUGCAGAAUUGGAAGGUUUUAUUCAUGCAGAUAGCAACCGUUUACAAGAAGUUCUGAAUGACUAUUACAAGGAGAAAGCAAAGAACUGUGUCAAAUUGGAUACUCUUGAACCCCUUGAAGAGAACUUACUCAUCAAUGAAAAGGAUGAGGAUGAAGAAGAAAUUGUUUCUGUAGUUAUUGAAGAGCCCAAAGAGAAAUGGGAUUGUGAAUCUAUUUGUAGUACAUAUUCAAAUUUAUACAACCAUCCUCAGCUUAUCAAGUGCCCACCAAAGCCCAAACACAUCCAGAUCUCCUCUAAAAGAAUACCUCUAAACGUCUUACCACAGAAAGGACCUACAGCAAAACAAAUUGAACGGAUGCAGAUGAUUAAUGACAGUGAUCUGCCUAGAGUAUCGGUCCAGCCGCGUUGUAAAAAUGAAACCAAAGAAGACCGAAAAGCGAGAAAACAGCUAUAAAAAGAAAGAGCGUAAGGACGCCGAGUGGAGAAGAAAGCAAACAGAUUAGCCUUCAAAUUGGAGAAAAGAAGACAGGAAAGAGAACUGCUCAACUUGAAGCAGAAUGUUUGCCGGCCUGAAACUCUGUUUAAUGGAACAUGGAGAACUGGCCCUUUGUGCUCCUUUGUGGACUCUUUGCUGAGUAUUCCUUUUUGACUGGAUGCGGGGAAAAAAACAAAACUGACUCUCUUGCCAGUUACAAGAGGAUGUACAGGGAAAAGAGGGUGUUUGGGAUUGUUUCAUACCAGCACUUUGUUGAAUGAACAUCUUUUUGCAAAUAUUUUUCAAAUGCUUUGAUUUGAUAUGCAUAUUUUUUAUUUCCCAUAGAGCAAAUAACUUCAUGAGUAUUAAGUAUUUAUAG